UCGAAGAGGUUUCAGUUUCCUGUCAGUUGUGUUGUUGUCAGGUCCAGUUGUUAUGUAAAUAACGAAGGCUUUUAUCGAUGAGUGUUGUUUGAUUUUCUCAAUUGAAUCUAUUUCGAAUACAUCCGGAUUUUUUUCCAUUUUCCCCGUCUCCGUGAUAUGAUAAAACCCUGAAAUGGCAGAGGAACUUUCCGGCGUGACAGUUGUCAUUAUAAUAGCCUUGGGGAUUUUGACUUUUAUCCUUUUGUUCAUAUUUGCCAAAAGGCAGAUUAUGAGGUUUGCCCUGAGAUCGAGGCGAGGGCCGCAUUUGCCUAUUGGACACGGCGCUAAAAAGAACCUGAAAAAAGAAAUCCACAGGAGGGUAGAUUUGGUACCAAAAAUCGUAUAUGAGCCUACUGUACUGAAUGACAAUGAUUCACGGUAUAUUCUGCCACCUGGUUCACAAGUAGCUCCAUUUUAUUACAGAUUAAAAGCUUGUGAUGAUGUUAAACUUCUAGAAAAGGAGAUCACAAAACAAGAUCCAAGCCUUCAUAGACACCCUACAGACAACCUUAGAGCAUAUCUUUUGAACUCAUUAGCAACUCCUUUGAAUGGAGUCGGUCACAGAUUGGUUCAACAAUUCUGUGAUUUAUAUGAGCACGCCAGGCACGAUCCUACAGAAUUUGGUGACGAAGAAUACCAAAUGUAUUCUCGUAUUUUGCUCAAGUUGUUAGAUGCCGCUCGACUUUUGAAGAGUUACGGUCCGAGUAGAAAGCUGAGUCCUAGAGGUACUCCCGUUAGGAACAAAACGCAGGAAAAGAGCCGGGAGUUGUUUGAAAACAAAGUUAGAGAAAAACGAGAGGAUAGUGAGAUAAAUAAUAAAGACAACAAUGAAACAUCAGUUUGAUAAUUUUUUUAAAAGAACAAAACAUUUUGUUAUGUAUGCAACAUUCUGGAAACGUAUAAUUUUUAAACAUACCUAUGAUAUAGAUACAUAAAUUUUUUGGUGUCCCAUUUGACAUCUACCUAAAAGAACAUAAAAAUUUGUUUACCCAAAAUUGCUUGAAUGUAUAACUUUUUUUCUAUUAAAUUAACCCUUUUUAAC